GCCCUGCCUGUCUGGGCGGCGGGCGGUGCGGGGAGCGGCGGGCGGUGCGGGGAGCGGCCCGUGUGCCCGGUGCCCGGCCAUGGCAGGCCCCUCGUCCCGGCAGGAGGAAGGGGAGGACGCGAAGCUGCGCCACAAGGAGGAGCUGAGCCUGAGGAUUAAAGAGCAGAAGGUGGUAGUUGAUGAGCUUUCUAAUUUGAAGAAGAACCGGAAAGUUUAUAGGCAGCAACCCAAUAGCAACAUAUUCUUCCUUGUGGACCGAACAGAAACGCUAUCGCAGUGCAAAAAUACAUUAGAUGAAUUAAAGAAGGCACAUCAAGAGUUGGAAAAUUCAGAAAAGACUAAAAUCAAGAAAUAGUCCGUCUGAAUUCCAAGUCACAAUGUGUG